AUGCCUUCUUCGUGCAAAGACAUCCGUGCCGCACUAGCCGAAUGUCUCCAACAGAGCGACUGUAUCAUGGUCCAACGCCACAGCGCCGCCGAUUGCCUUCGUCCGCCGCUCGUCGAUACCCUCCCCACUCGAUGCCAGCAGCUGAAGAAAGGAUACGGAGAGUGCAAACGUGGCUUGAUUGAUAUGCGCAAGAGAUUCCGCGGCAACAAGCCUGUCUCCUCUAGUGUGGAGCUCGAGGCGGGCGCAGACAACCCGAGCAGACAGCUUUAUGGUGGAAAGAGUGCAUUUGGAGAUAUCAAGACGACGGAUGGCAAGGAUGCUCCUGAGGACGACCCAUAG